UGGCAAGUUUAUAGGCUAUAGCGCGGUUUAUACAUUUAUAGGUCAAUGAAAAAAUGGCUUAGUACUCGUAGCUCCUAUGUAUCGUGGCAAGAAAUAAUAUUAAAAUUUAAAUGGCCUUCAGUGAUUUGUGCCACAUAAGUAACGCGUUUAAAAACGUUGAAAAUGAAGCAGAUCUGUCAGACAGAAUUAUGGAAGAAAACUCGAUGGUACGGGAUCUCAUCACUAAGAUUCUGGAUGAGCCAGGGCCAACUGAGACAAGCUGCUCAACACAAAUACCGGAUAAGACACUAAGCGGUUUACAUCCCAGCCUAAACCAAUACGCCAAAAACGAUGCUAAUUAUCUAUCACCAUCGUACUCUCAAUCGUUUCAAAACACUCCAUAUUUUAACCAAAAUGAGAACGGCCUUUACAUGCAAAAUGGUUUCAAUAGCUUCAAUAAUUUCCCAGAGAAUGAUAUUAAUUUUCUUAACAUCGAACCAGUUGCCGAUGAGACAGUUUCACCAGAACAACUGAAUUUACUACGUUUGGCAGCUCAAGAAAUUGGCGGUGCACAGUUCACGAAUCAAACGAAAUACGACGAUAAAUACUAUAAUUUCUUCGAACCGAACCAAAGAAACUCCCUUCCAGAGACAAAUAUGUUCAACUUUCCCCAGAGGCCGAGCAGUCUGAAUCUCGAUAUGAACUAUUCAAAUUUUGACUAUCCCCAAAGAUUCCCAAAUAAGGAUAACCAGGAGACAACAGAUCUUCUCUCUUACUUGCACCAGUUGAAUAUAUCCCUCGAUCGGAACAGAGAAGAAAAUCCUAUGAACUAUAAAAUGCCGGAUUCAAUCAACGGGCAGUUUGAUGACUUCAAAAUGGACGAUAGGAAGCCGCCGUUUUUCAACAGAAAUUUUCCACCGAAUAACAGAGAAUUUUAUAAUGACAUGACCAACCAAAUGCCGGAGAGAGUUCAGAAUUUUGAUUUCAACCAACCGCCACCGAAUUUUAAGCCGAAUGGCUUUCAGAACGAUUUUAUGCGACGGGAGAUGAACCAGGGACCCAGGGAGGGGUUUAGUAUGGAGCAGAGGCCGAACUUCGAGAAUGGGGGCAAUAGGGAUCAAAUGCGUCAGCAGGAAAUCGCGAGGCAAAUGAAUAUGCUGAUGAGGAGUAGACCACCGCCUAAUCAAUUGAAUGUUGACGUGUCGUUUUUGCAUGAGAACACACCGUUCAAUCUUGGUAUAGGUGCCCUACUAGGACCCAGUCCGCCUGUCCCUCCGCCAGUGAUGCCAUCACCUAUGAUGGACUUGCCCCUUCUAGCGCCCUUCUACGCUAUGAGGAAUAUGAGAGGUACAGUGACGUCAUCAAGUAUCCUCCAUGCCCGUUUAGACGCCUGCUAUGAGCAAUGGAAGCAGUUGGAAAGGGAGAGGAAGCGGACAGAGGCGAAAUUGGCCCUGGCCUACCCGGGGAGGGCUGUGUCGUCCUCCAACUCGAUUCCCGUGCCGAGACUACCGCCAUGUCCUUCGAGGGUAGACAGAUUGACUGUUGAUAUGCUGAGGGAGCAUACUAAGGUGUUAACAUUAAUGGGGAAGAUGGAGACGUUGCGGGCGAGUGUGUGCGUUGCGUACAAUAAAAAGUCGAAUAAACACGAGGACGGCAAAAUUACGGUUUUAAAACGCGGCCAGGGGAAUGUUUCCGAUGAUAAAGGGUUGGAUCCGGCCACAUACGAUCCCAGUACAUGGAAGGAGGACGCUAAGAACUUGGCUGAAAUCGCUCCUCACACGGAGAUAGAGAGCGCGAUGCUAGCCUGGCGUAACGCAAUGGCUGGAGUUCAAGCCGCUAGGAGAAGGGAGUUGGCCCCGCACAGAUAUUUGGAUGGACCGAUAGUGGCGCUAGCGGAGGCAGUGAAGCAAUUGUGCGUGUGCGCCCGUAGAGCAAGAGCGGCGAUGUGGUGCGAUCUCACUCUCACAGUUGCGCUCGCCCCGCAUCCCAAUCAACAGAUCGAACAUUCUCCACAGUUUUCGAACCAGCAGUCGCCCAAACGCAUACAGUCCGAGUCACCAACCAGUAACUCAAACAAGACAACCUCUGAUAAUAAGGAGGAAAAAGCAUCCACCGAGACGCCGAAAGAGACAGAAAAACAGAAACAAAACGACAAAGAAAGGCGUCGCACACAAAACUAUAGACACAAAGUUAAUCAGAGAAAUGAUUUUUAUCAAAAAAAUCAGAGGUACGAUAAUCGUUUUAUGAGACCAUAUCACUACUUGGCCACUGGGCCGAUUAAUUAAUUUAAUUUCUGACAUGUCAAUUCACUGUUUUAUCCGGUUCAUACUAUAUUGGAGCUGUUCUGAUCUCUAAAAUGAUUAUAAAAAUUUAAUAUGGGGGGCAUGGUGUUUCUAAAAGAUAUCCGUACCUGACAAAUUUGCUUCUGAUAGAAAACCGUAUUGUAUUGGGAAUUUUUAUAUUUAUCUUUGGUUAGGGGCAAAAUUAUACCAAAUUUGAGGAAUAUAAUGAGUGUCAAAUGUGGAACUGACUUGGUAAAUAUCAAAAUUCCCCGCCCCCCCAUUCUGUGUUUAACUGGUAACACUGAUCAAUCUGUGAUCCCUUUUAACCCACUGCUAUGCUAUUUUAUACUGUUUUACUGAAUCGGUGUUGCCAGUUUUUUUUAUAUAUUUGAAAUUGUGACGGGAAAUUUUUAUUCGCGAUUUAAUGUGAACUAUUGGAUUCGCUUCUACUGCGCCGUGCGCAUGCAUUUUUUACUUUUUAAAAUUAAAUAAAACUUAACAGAAUUUCCCGACACAAUAUCUCUAAUAUUCAGAUUUAUCAUAUCAAUUUUGAAGUACACUCUGGUAGCCAUAUUGCAUAGUUGCUUGGCGAAUUUUUAAAUUGUGGUAACACCACAACCUUGCCAAUUGCGUCGGUGUGAGUGCGUAAGGAAUUGAUUACCAACAUUUUCUCACUUUUAUAAAGUUUUAUAAACAGAUAACAUUUUUUCUAGUCACUUUCCAAUUUCUAAUCCGUAUUGAGUCAAAUCUUUAGUAUUGUCAAAGUUUACAAUGCCCAAUUUUAAAACAUUUAAAUUCGACUCAUACGGGCCAAUACUCUAAAAUGAAUUUCUACAUCCCAAAAGAAAUAUAUUUUUUAACUGGCAACACGAUGACUUUUUAAAGUCUACAAAAUGCCUAUAUUGCAAUAGUAUUAAUGUCUCACACCGACAUAAAAUACCUAUACAUGUGAUGUUUCUAUGUUGGUUGGAUAUGAGGUUAAUUAGUCUAAGCAUUAAGUGGUUGUCUUGUCGCUGUUCUAAGGAGUUCUAAAGAACAAAAUAAGUAUACGUAAAAGUGGCUAAUUUUAUUUUUUUCAUAUGGUAACACAUCGCUUAUAUUGUUCUUUAGUGGCAUUUUCGGUCUUCGUAAAUUUUUAGUUUUAGUCGCAAUGACAUUUCACAGACUAUAUGUCUGUAACGUUUCGGAUUUCGAAUUUCGAAACGCGUUGACGGUUGACAUCUGACAUAUGUCAGACUGUCUAUGACAUUUUCGAUUGCAGCUUGUACGCUUUAAUACUUAGGGGAAUGUCCCAUUAGUGCAUAAUGUGUUGCACAAAUGUUUUCACUGCCUCAGUGGGCCGUAUUAACCAAAAUAAUUAGUUCAAUUUUAAGUUUUUUAGUCAUAAGUGAAAAUGAUUUAUUCUCGAUGCUUUUAGAAUCAAUUUGACAAAGACUAAAUGAAUUUAUGAAUGGCUAUAACUUAUUUUUUUUUAACUUAGUGCCUUUAAUCGAGCAUUUUCCUAUGUGUACAAAAAUUUCAAUAGAAUUAUUUUGUUUCAAACGAAAGGCGGGGUUGGUAACGCCCGUUUUGUCCAAAUUAGGCAAAUGUGUAGUUAUUCCUACCACAGGCCUAAAAUCUUGACUUAGUCAAGUGGGUCGCUCAAUUAGCUAAGGGCGAUUUAUUAAAAUGCUUAUGAUAGAGGUUUAUUAAAGAAAUUAGUGAAUCUAGCUUUCAAAGUACAGUAAUCCAAAUAAGUAUACGUAUUCUCAUGUGAUUUUCGUUUACCGUGUGGCCAAUUUUUGUAGUACCCUUAAAUCAUAAAGUUUAACAAAGCUUGUCUCUAAAGUCAAAGGAAUAAUUGCCAUACUUCAUGGGUGUGUAAGGGUGCGACAUAGUUGGCUAAGGUAAUAGUAUUAAGACGUUACCGCGAAAAUACAUACCAACCCCAUUUUACUUCCAAAACGCUAUUUAGUACAAUGAAUUCGCACUUAGUAUAUUUUAGGUUAGUCAAAGAUUUAUUCGACUUUAAGCACAAUGAUGUUUAGUUUCUUAGCGAAUGUUAGUAGUUAGAUAUUUUAUCCUCAAAUCAAAUUGGAUCGCUGUUCACGUUGUUGCCAUAUCUUAACUAUUACCUCAAACUGCAUCUGAUCUUGCGCAAAGUUCCGUUUUUAUACGCUAGAUGGCAGUUUUAGCAGCGAUUUCUGGAGCCCUUGUUGAUAAAAUAUACGGUUUUCUAAAGAUGACAAUUGGCUCCUAAUUAGUAGAAUUUCGGAUGUUAUAUUUAUUUGAUAUAUUUUAUCUUCAGUCUUUAGUGCAAUAGUGGCAGCCCUUAGUGCUAAGAACAUGAAAUGUUUACCCUUGUUGUUGCUAUCUCAGAAUUUAUUUACUUAGUUUUAUUCCGUUUGCCGGCUAUGCAUGUGUUUAUUUAGUUCCACAACUAGCUUCAUUUAAAAUUGCACUCUAUUAGCGUCUUUGUUUUAUUAACCCGAAUUUGUUUCGCUCAAAAGUUCCUUCCGUCCAGAGAAAUCGGAAUUUGCAUAGGCUAAGCUUCCAUAGGAUCCUCAAAUUUUGCGCAAAUUUUUUAACUAACUAAAAUAUCUGCGCAGGAUUCGAAGUUUUUCUGUCGCUUCUAUGUAUUUUUAAUCUUUGAUUUGAAUCAAAUUAUCCGAACUUUCUACUCGACCAACGCUUAACAGCAUAUCUUUUAAGAAUCGUGUGAUAUAGCCUAAAUAAAAUGUCCUCUAAGUCCUAUUAUAAAUACUAAACCAAAUCUACUGUACUUAAUUUAAUGCUAUGCUACGCAGUUAAAUUGUUAGGGUUGACUUGUAAAGGAUAACUUGUAAAGUUAAGAUUCGUCCUUUAUCACAAAUUGUUGUCCAAUUCCAUAGAAAUGUUGGAAAUAGUAUAUAUUGACGUUUGCCAAAAGAGAUAGAUGAUUUGAGUCAGUACCGUGUGGAUUUGUGGAAAGCCUUCGACGACGUAUCAUAUUCCAAGCGUAGGUGUAUCCGUUCGUUAUUGUCGGGAAACGCGGUUUCCCUCAUAUCUCUUAUAUUAAUAGGUGUACUUAGAUAAUUACAAAUGUAAUCUUCAAUGUUAGAUUUUCAUGGUACUGAUUUGUGACACGACAAAUAUUAUAGUAAAACGUUUUAGAGUUUCUAUUCGAUGCUAGAUGUUAGUAGAUAGUGAAUUUCCUAUAUUGUUGUGUUUUCAUUUAAGACUCGUUCAGAGCCCACCACAGGGAUACGUAUUGGGGCCCUAAUUAUUCGUAGUGUAUGUUGUUGCUCUCACGUGCAAACAUGCUCCAAAUCCUGAAUGUACAAAAGUGACACCGCUAGUGAAUUCUGCUAGGUUUUUGUUAGAAAUUCGCUUGUGUACCCUUAGCGUCACUGGAAUUGUUCUCUCAUUUGAAAAUAUAUCGUAAGCGGGGCACUUAAUGUAUAAUUAUCUAAAUGUUAAUCGUGACGAAGAUAUCCCUAAUAUUAUAUAAUUUGACAAACCGUCGCUUUGAUGUCAGAUGACGCCUGAAAAGUUAUUUAUGUGAAUGUGGAACAAUCUUAGAGCUUUAUCGAAUUUGAUAAUAAUUUACGGAAAAAUAUUUAUUAUAAAAAUAAUAACAGUAAAAAAAAAGGUAAAUGUGGUAGCGAGUUUCACUGUUAGAAUAUUCCCGCAACUUAUUGUAAUUCUAUUUUAAACGACGCUAGUUGUGUAGUAAGCCUGCCGUUUCCGGGUAGACUAUCCGAUGCUUAUCGACCGUAAUGUUCAAGAAUCCUCUUAUAGAUAUAUGACUAUUUAUAAUUAAAGCAUAUUCGAUGUGAAUUUCGGUGUUAUGGUGACGGUUAGGUUUUAUUCGAUGUCUUAUGAGCUAUUUAGUCGCCAUGGGCGCCUUUUGCAUCGUGCACAAAUACUCUAUUGAUAAAUGUUUAAUCUCUGAUACGGGCGGAGGGAGUCAAAGCCGGUGGAGCUCGGAGUAGUCGGACAAUAAGUGGUCCCGAACUAUUGUGAUAGGUUGCAGACGGUUGUACCACCUCGGUUACUUUAAGUUAAACGCUUCCGCGCGGUUUUGCCGUAAAAUAGGUUUUUUUUCUAAUGGGUAUUUAGUGGAUUUGAUAUUUUUUCAGCGGUUGUUUAGCGUGCAUAUAAUAAUAUAGUCGUAACUAAUAUUUUUGCUACUCGCCGAUUUGCGUAAGUUCUGUCCAAUUUUAUAGGAAUGGCAUCAUGAAUUUUUGAUACGUGAGGACCAAAUUGGUUAUUUUCUAUUCGUGUUGUGUUACGGAUGAAACAGGAUUUAUUUUGCCAGUUCCUCUUAAUGUAAGUGAGAAUUUCUAAGAUAUUUUUAUAGUUGUAAGCGAUGAAUUAAGUUUUUUUACUAUGUAGCUACUGUAAGACGGUUGGCGGCGGUUCGGCGUUUCUGUUUGAUGUCUUAAUCUCGUAAUGAACAUAUUUUUGGACGUCUACCCGCAGUUGAAUGCGAGUUUUGCCGUUGAACAGAGUCGUCGAACGGUCGAGAGUGCACAAGUAUUAUAACAGAUGUGCUUUUAGUUUGUCUUCGCAAAUGCCGAUAUCGAAUAUUUCAUUGCGGUGCUAUACAUUUCACGGUGUAUUUUUUAAGUUUAAGUGAUAAUUGUUUCCAAUUAUUUGGGUUAUUUAAGAUACAAACAAAUGUUUUGCAUUAAGAUUGUUACUGUUUAUGUUUAUUGUGAUGGAAUACUCAUUGAGGAGAUUGAAAUUUAACUAUCAAAUGACACUGUUGAAGCUUCAUAUAAAUUGCGAUAGCUGAAAUAACUAGUCUAGUAGUUCAGCGAUAUAUCCGCUUUUUGUAUCGGUACAACUAUCCGAUUUUUUUUAUCGGUACAACUAUCCGAUUUUUUGUAUCGGUACAACUAUCCGAUUUUUUGUAUCGGUACAACCAUCCGAUUUUCGUAUCAGUACGAAUAUCCGAUUUUUUGCAUCGGUACAACUAUCCGAUUUAAUAGUUAAAUUUCAAAUUCCUUGUGCACAGCACAAAGUUGUAUGGAAAACGUUCCUGUAAUGUUUGUAUUUCACGAAUACGCUAAAUUUACUAAAUUGUUGGCUUUACAUCUAUUUGUUUAUCGUCCCUGCAUUUUGUUAGCCGCCAAUUCGUCAUGUCAAAACUUUCGAGAACUGUCAAAUACGUCAGAAGUCGUAAAUGACAUUUGACUCUGUUUUGACAUUACGAAUCUGCUGCGCGUCACACUGCCAAUUUCCAAAUGCCCAUUGUAUAAUUUUAUCUGUUAUUACGUUGUUGUUUUUCGCUUCUUACGCUAACCGUACAGAUGGUACACGCUUUAGGUGGAUUUUGGAAUAAUCCUAUUAUUAUCGUAUGUGCGGUGGGCCGUUAAGUUAGGUGUGAAGUUCGCUAGUCCUCAAAGUUUCGAUCUGUCCGUAUAGAUGUUUUAGAUAAAUACAAAUUACUGUCUGUGGUGAAUAUCGAAUUUUAUGAGCUUAUUAUCACUCGGGCGCGUGUUUCAAAACGUACCUCAAUUUGAGUCCUGUCAAAAAUGAGGAAACUGUUUGCUCAUACUCGAUUCGAAUCCACGUUUUGUAAUACGAGCCUUAUUCCCUCGGGAUUGCGUAGUUGUAAAGUUGAUUGAUAUUGCACGUCUCACAUAUAUAUUAUUCUACCGAUUUAUUCUAUAAACAUUACUGUUAUAUAUGUGUAUAUAUUUUAUUUAUAACAAAUUUUUGGCAUCUACUUUUCAAUUUUAAGAAACUACCGUCAUUUUUAGUUUUACAAGAUGAGACGUGUAAAAUCGAUGAGUGUGAAAAAUAAAGACGGCAAAAUCGUAUUUCAAAUCUCAAAUACGCAACAUUUUACAUAUAGUCCGUGUGGUAUCUAAUUAAAUUAUUAUUUCCUAUGCGUCAUUUUGUUUCUUCACAAAAUUAUAUAUUUUUAAAGGUGACUUUCGAACUAUAAUGACGUAACAAUGUUACAAAUUUUCUGUGUUUCCUUGGCAUUGACCAUGGGCGGCGCUGGUAUCACUUAACAUAAGGUCUGCCGAUAUAUGCAGAUAAUAAAUAAAUAAAUAAUAUUCGUACGAUUUUGCCGUGGUGACUUUUUCAAAGGAAGAAUAUUUCAUAAGAUGCCAAGUUAUCUGUCGCAUGGACCAAGGUACAAGUGUAGCUCACUUCACUUGCUGGCAGUUAGCAUUUUAAAUGUUUAAUAUUUUGAACUCUACAUGUUAGAUCGGUGUAUACAAUAUCUUUGUAAUUUUAGACUUUCACAUUGAUUUUAGUGUUGAAUUCGCCAAAUGCAUUUCUUGUACUCAAAGGAAUAAAACAUUUUUAGAAUUCAACAUUGUGGGUAUAAAGAAUUAGAUGGCGUAGACGAGUGACAGACUGAUUUAGGGCAGGUAUUUAAUGGAUUGUGUUCAGGACAAAAGGUAGAAUGCUGGUUCGCAGUAUUAAUGAGGGUAGUUGUAAUUUUGUAUGUCAAAACAGCAAUGGUAUAGUGCAAUAUUGUUUGAAAAUCAACUGAUGCCAACUGGUGUUACGAAGUUCAUUGUUAUUUCUUGAAAAUUUUAUUUGUUGUUAUUCUUGCAUGAGUCUGUUGAACUAAAUAAAAUUUAGCUGAAUUUUAUAUAUUAAGUGAUAGAAAAUGUAUUUAAGUUAAUUUGUUUCUGAAAUAAUAUUACUGUUUAAACCAAUGUUACCCAACCUUUUUUGUGCCAUUCCACACCUAAGCCUUUUUUAAAAUUCAUAUUGGUAAUAAUAUAAGGAAGAAAUUGUUAACGCAAAACAGUAAGUACCCUCAAUACCUGAAAUUCUAAAUAAUUGAAAAAAGAUCUAUUUUAACAAUCAUAUUGCCCCCCAGUGGGGCGUGGGCCCCAUGUUGGGUUGGUUUAAAUAAGUAUUAUUUCAGAAGCUAAUAUGACAGCGAAAAAUCUGUUUUUGUAUCCUAAUUAAAUAUGUACCUAGGUGUUAUUUUAGAUAUUAAAUUAAACUUUAUGACAAUACUUGGAUGAACUUAUCCAAAAAAUAGGGCAAUGCCCAACAUAGAGAAAAUAUUUAGUUUUUAUGUGACCAAUCGUUGUUCUCAAUUCAGAUCUUUUAUUUUAACUAUUGUGUAAAGUAAAUUGUCGCCCAAUUAAUUUUAUGUUUAAAUAUACAACUACCCUCACGUAGAACAUUUUAGUCGUAUCGGUGUUAUAGUUGACGAUUUAUUAGUGUUUACGCCAGUGUUAAAGGUGUUGUCCUCAUGAGCAGUCAUAGAUAUUGGUUAUCUCUAUUCAGUAGUUAUGCUAGUUGCAGUCAUGAUUUUUCUUACUAAUAAUUUGUUACUGUUUUGGCACGAUAUUAAUGACCUUCUGACAAAAUAUAUAAUGAUAUAAAA